GCUGUGUACAGUCAGUGGAGAGACUUGGCAACCUUUUUCUCCUAUCUUUCUUCACUGUCUUUUAUUCCACGUUAUAAUGACAGUGGAUUAAGAUGGGAGAACAGCGUUACCAAUUCUCUGCCUUGAUUAAUUAUCUUUCUACAUUGUUAAAAACAGAUUUGGCAUCGUUGUGGAGCAAGAAAAGGAUAGUACUACCUGCCUUGUCGAAUAAUAGACACCGAUAGCAAUACCAAAGUUGAUCAAAUAAUGUCAUUAUAACGUGCACCUCACUGUAUAAUAGAAUGCUGGAUAUGCAGUAUGCUUUCAAAAACUUCUAUAGAUGGUCAAAUAAACAUAGGAGAAUCAAUCAAUUCCAUUCAGUUGUAUCCAGACAAGACACGCUGAGCUGAGAAAAGCAAACUGUGUCAUCGUCGUCGUCGACGUUUUGUCGCCAUUUUGUGCGCGUCUGUCGGUCUGUCCAGUCCAGCUCUGGUAUUCUUGUUUUAUAUUUUGAAAAAGCUGGUGCAUUCUUCUAAUUCUGAUAUCUUAUUAGAGGGAAAUGGGAGACAGCGAUGAUGAGUACGAUCGAAAGCAUGAUCGCCGAGACAAAUUCAGAGGAGAACGAACGGAAUCGCACAGGAGUGGGGAGGGUCGCCGUGAUGACAGGCGACGAGACGAUUGGAUUGAAAGAGAACCGUGGGCUAACCGGAGUAGACCCCGAGGGGAAUACAGGGGCGCCAUGCGAGAACGGUACAGUCCAGCUCGGCAGCAUGACAUGUCGCCUCCUCUCAAACGAAUGCGAACUGAUUGGGAUGACAGGCGUUUAGGCUAUGCCGAAUCUAGCUAUAAUUAUGGUGGGUGGUCUUCUGAACCUCCUGGCAGUUAUUCUUCAAACAACCAAAGGAUGGUGGAACAGCCGGAAACACAGCCGCCUAUGCUUUCGUUCAAAGCUUUUCUUCAGACUCAGGAUGACAACAUCACUGAUGACGAAGCAAUUCGUAAAUACAAUGAGUACAAACUGGAAUUCCGGAGACAGCAGUUGAACGAGUUUUUUGUGUCUCACAAAGAAGAAGAAUGGUUCAAGCUGAAAUAUCAUCCUGAAGAUUCAGCCAAAAGAAAGGAAGAACUAAUGGCCGGUCUCAAGAAAAGAGUUGAUGUUUUCAUGGAGUUUCUUGAAAAUGGUCGAAUUGAGAAAGUGAGUAUCGAUGGCGAUCACUCGGACCAGCUUGUCAAACUGUUAGACGCCGUUGUCAUUCGACUCGAAGGAGGAACUGAUCUUGACUUAUCUCUGUUGGACGAAGUUCAAAUAACAGAAGUGAAAGAGGUGGUGCCACCCACGCCACCAGUCGAGCAGCCAGUUAUCAAAGAGGAGCCCGGUCUUGAGAAAGUGGAUUCUGGCACAGUAAAGCAAAUAAAAGAAGAGAAAGAAGAUGAUAAAACACCCUCAGAAGAAGACAAAAAUGGAUCAACCAAAGAAACAGAAGAAGACGAAAAGAAAGACGCAGAAAAGGAUAAAGAAGAAGAUGACGAUGAAGAAGCUGCUUCAGAUAAGGAUAAGGAUGUAUCGAUGGAAGAAGAUGAAGAUAAAUCAGCAAAAGCCGAUGAAACUGAAGAAGAAAAUAGCAAGCAGAAUGGCAAGAGUGACGUGGCUGACGAAGAAGACUCUGAAAAAUCUCUUUCCUCCGAAAAACUUCCAGAGAAAGAAAACAAAGAAGACGAAGCUAUGUCAGUGGAAGGUGACGACCUGGAAGAUAACCCGACGAAGGAGAAAGAAGAGGAGAGAGUGAACAAAGCCAAAGAACAAGAGUCGAAAGAGGAUGUGGUAGUGUCUCUGGAGGAGGACGAUGAUGAUGCAGAGAAAAAGGCUGAACCUGAAAUCCAGAAAGAAAAGCCUAGAGAACUGCACCGAACCGCUUCAAUAUUUUUGAGGAAUCUCUCUCCUAAUGUUACUAAAGCCGAAGUAGAAAACAUGUGCAAAAGAUACCCUGGUUUCUUGAGAGCUGCUAUCGCCGACCCGCUGCCCGAACGACGCUGGUUCCGCCGCGGCUGGGUCACUUUCAAGAGGGAUGUCAACAUCAAAGAAAUCUGCUGGAAUCUCAACACUAUUAGGUUACGAGAUUGCGAGCUAGGAGCAAUUGUGAACAGGGACCUGAGUAGAAGAGUUCGGACUGCAACUUGGCUGACUUCGCACAAACAAGUGAUCAGACACGACAUGAAGCUCAGUGCCAAGAUCAUCCAGAACCUGGAUACGAAAACUGGACUCUGGCAAGAUAACAGCAAAUCGCAGGAGCAGAGUUUUGGAUUAGUGUCGUUGAACCCGGUGCUCCACAACAUCACCGACUAUCUGAUCGAAGAAGCAUCGGCUGAAGAGGAGGAACUUCUAGGCCAGGCCGCUGAGGCUGAGGAUAACGAAGAAAAGGACCAGAAUCUUCUUAAGGUCCUUGAUCGACUUCUACUGUAUCUUCGUAUAGUGCAUUCGGUUGACUACUACAAUCACUGUGAAUACCCAAAUGAAGACGAAAUGCCCAACAGAUGUGGCAUUAUGCAUGCUAGAGGAACUUUGUCCAGCUCAAAGGUGUCGACCCGAGACGUGACCGAGUACUGCCAGAACUUCCAGCAGAAGAUGUCGUGCCUGAUGAGCCUGGACACGCCGCUGGAAGGGGAGGAGCUGGUGGCGCUGGGUGCGAAGGAGGCCGACGCGGAGGUGGAGAAGUUCGUGGCAGCCAACACGCAGGAGCUGGCCAAGGACAAGUGGCUCUGUCCGCUGUCCGGCAAGAAGUUCAAGGGGCCCGAGUUUGUGCGCAAGCACAUAUUCAACAAGCACGCCGAGAAGGUCGACGAGGUCAAAAAGGAGGUGGAAUAUUUCAAUAACUAUCUGCGUGACCCGAAAAGGCCUCAGCUGGCGGAGCAUCCUGGCAAUAGACCUGCCAAGAAAGAACCAAUGAACGAGCCGAUGCAGCCAGCUUUCAUGCCUCCAUUCCAUUAUGGAGGAUAUGGUGGAGGCAGAGGCUUCCAGCACUAUGGUGGAUAUGGCGGAUACGGAAGUGGCUAUUCCCGCCCUCGAGGUGGCUACAAUAGAGGCGGAAGGGGUGGAGUGAGCGACUUCCGACCGGUGAUCCACUACCGUGACUUGGACGCACCACGUGAGCCAGACGAGUUCAUUUGAACACAUCUUGCAACAUAUUAUAAUUACAGUUUUUUAUCUUUUUUUUCAAGAAACGUGAACCAAUAUUUCUACUGAUAUCCCAUUGAGCAAUGCAAUCCGCAUCAAUUUGUUUCAAUGGAUGAAUAUUUUGCAAAACAGUGAGUAGAUAAGCUUUGUUGAGAAUGAAUUUUUUAUUAUUGAUAGGUAAAUCAUUCAUUAUUCACAUAUGGUAUGGAAGUAGUAGUGUUUAUCAUAUUGUGUAAAUCUAUUAUAAAUAUUAAGAUAUCGUAAGAAAAUUAUUGAAUAAAGUGCGAGAUUUACGCGGA